CCCGAGGCUCGAGCGCUCCGUGGGAAAAGAAGCUCAGAGGGAUUCUGGAAGGGAAGAGAGAGAAAAAAAAUUAGGUGGAGAGGCGCGCGUGCGCCACGACCAGCUGUGUGCACAUCGCUCGCGCUCCGAUUCCUCAUCCCCGUUAAACAACGCUCUCGCGCCGACAUGAAGCGGCCCUGUGAGGACACCACAUCCGACAGCGACAUGGACGAGACCAUAGACGUGGGUAGUGAGAAUAAUUACCCCGCGGUGCCGAUAAUUCUCACACUGAAAGAGGCACUUCAACUCUACAGCCAGUGCAGCAGCUCUUUUCUGAGAUGUGCUUCUCCUACCACCACCUCCCAGGUCAUGGCCCGAAAAAAACGCAGAGGGAUCAUCGAGAAGCGACGGAGAGACCGGAUCAAUAGCAGUCUGUCUGAGUUGCGUCGCUUGGUGCCGACUGCUUUCGAGAAACAGGGCUCUGCUAAACUGGAGAAGGCUGAAAUACUGCAGAUGACAGUAGAUCAUCUAAAGAUGCUGCAGGCUACAGGAGGAAAAGGUUAUUUUGAUUUCCAUGCUCUGGCCAUGGAUUUCAUGAGCAUUGGUUUCCGUGAGUGUCUCACCGAAGUGGCUCGCUACCUGAGCUCAGUAGAAGGACUGGACUCAAGUGACCCUCUGCGUGCUCGCCUCAUAUCACACCUCAGCAACUGUGCCUCUCAGCUCAUCGCCUCAUCUCUCACACACCAUCCUCAAGCCCUGCACCCUCUCCACCCACUGCACCCGCUACCCACAGCCUUUCUAGCACAUGCCUCACCAUCAGCCUCGUCCUCGUCUUCUUCUUCAGAGCCACAUCGCUCCUCCUUCUCUCACGCCAGCAGCAUAGCCCCGCCGCUCUCCACUUCCCUGCUCUCGCUGUCUGCAACCUUCCCCCUGUCGUUUCCCGCAGGAUUCCCACUUUUCGCACCUAGCAUGACAUCAUCUGCGACCAUUAGCUCUUCCAUUUCCAGCUCAUCCUCAUCGUCAACGUCACAGCAGAGCAGCUCCAGCUCCAGCUCUGCUAAACCUUAUCGGCCGUGGGGAACUGAAGUGGGAGCCUUCUGAGCACUGAGACUAUGAACUGUAAACUCUGUGCUCUUUCAGCCACAAAUCAAUUCGCCAAGUGCCUGUCUGGGUGUAUCAAUGAUGUAAGAAAAAACCUCAUGGGAGAGGAAAACAGUAUGGAUCACAUUUUGUACGCAUCACACAUGGAUGACCAUUUAGUAUUUUCAAUGAAAUGGGCUCAUCAUUGCUGUCAUUUUUUCCUUAUCUUUCCCCAUUUCCCAUGGAGAAAUACAAUGAUUAUUUGUACUGCACAACUUCACAUGUAGGCAUGAUGCUGUUCUGCAGGACAGUGUGACUGAAAUACGGACUUAAGAUCUUAGUCACGGUGAAACAAAUUCAAGCUCAUUAGCGUCUCUCAUGGGAUUUAAGCUCAGAAACUUUCAGUCAACUUUACUGUUGAGCUACAACUAUCCAGCUGUAAUAUCAUGUCUGUGCAUAAAAUCCUAUUACAACAUGUUGAAAAAAAAUUUGUCUAAUGUAAACAUUGUGCUUUAUAUUAAACUUGCGGAAACGGUUGGUUGAGUGAAAUUAACAAGACAAAAAAAACACAACAGCAAAUUCAGAAAAAUUAUAAUCAACAUUAUAGUCGCUUAUUCAGCGUCACAUUCUUUCUGAUUAUAGAACAUGGCGUAUGACUAUCACAAGGAAAAUAUUGCACUUUUUCACUAGUUAUCCCAGCUAUUUAAUAAGCCGUCACUUAUUUUAUUAUUUCCUUGCUUUAGUCAAGUUUUCUGCUCUGUUUUCAUAUUUAUGAUAUUAAUAUUAAGCAAAGUUGACAGCAUAGCUGUAAUAACAUCAUAUGAACGCUCUUAAUGAAAGUAAAAACACAAACAGAAGCAUAAGUAGAUUCAUUUAGUCUUAUCAUUCCUCUUAAUGUCAGGAUUCUUCAGCUUCCUGUUUUCUACCAUCUCUUCGACUGACACACGCCGUAACCAAUCAGCAAUGAGUAUGUGACAUUCAAUAAGGACAUACAGCUUCUAUUUUGAGUUUGUGUUGAUGUGUUUUUAAAUUUGCUCUUGUGUUUUUAUACGCUGUUCUUAAUGUAGUUUGCAUUUAUGGGCCAUUAGUAAAAAUUCCAAUAACAUUAACCUGCUCAAAGUAUAACCACUGAAUUAAACAGAUUUCAGAAGUGUCUUAUUGGGUGUGGCUCUGACACGCCCACUCUACUACACCAUACUCAUUAAUACAACAUUAAUCAGACACAAAGGACAGAGAAAACAGUUGUCUUUGGGGAAGCGACAUCAGCCUGUGAUUAUGGCGAUUGAUGACUGUAAAACGUAUGCAAAUCUGCCCUGAAUUGAGCCCCGCCCACUUUUCAUGACAGUACAUUUAGACAUGCUAGAUAUUGUGCUCAUAAAACCAACUAUAUCUUUUUAAGAAAAUCAAACAGUUUGAACGUUCCUGUGACUUAAGCCUUCAGAGAAUGACUGUCUGCAUUUCAAACCAUUUAUUUCCAUUUAACAAAACCCCAAUAAGCCAAAGUUUUUCCAGAUAAUCACAGAACAACUGAGGUGUGAGGGAGGAGUGUGUGUCGUGAGGAAACAACCACUCGGUCUGUAAAUAUGUACAUGUGUAAGAGUGUAACUAGAGUUUAUACUGAAGCUGUAUAUUGUAAUGACGAUGCACUUCGGUCACUACUGCCUGGAGAGACAGGAUUCUCUCCGUGAUAUUUGCGCUACAGCUUUCACUGUUCGCUUAUAUUGUGUGUCAGAUUUGCCAGUAAAUCACUGUAUCUUUUUUUUAAUCCCCAUCUUGCUCUUGUAAUAUGUAACCAUUUUUCUAUGCAAAAUGAAAAAAGCAGAUGUCACAGAUUAAAAUUCAGUUCUUUUUA